UCGACUGCAGAGGAAGCAGGAAGAGCCGACCCUGCUCGGAGCCCAGCUGCUGGGGCCUGGGACCAGCGGGAUGGAGUCUGUGGCCCUGUACAGCUUCCAGGCCACGGAGAGUGAUGAGCUGGCCUUCAACAAGGGGGACACACUCAAGAUCCUGAACAUGGAAGAUGACCAGAACUGGUACAAGGCUGAGCUCCGAGGCGCUGAGGGCUUUAUUCCCAAGAACUACAUCCGCAUCAAGCCCCAUCCGUGGUACUCGGGCAGGAUUUCCCGGCAGCUGGCCGAAGAGAUUCUGAUGAAGCGGAACCACCUGGGAGCUUUCCUGAUCCGGGAGAGUGAGAGCUCCCCUGGGGAGUUCUCGGUCUCCGUGAACUACGGCGACCAGGUGCAGCAUUUCAAGGUGCUGCGCGAGGCCUCGGGGAAGUACUUCCUGUGGGAAGAGAAGUUCAACUCCCUGAAUGAGCUGGUGGAUUUCUACCGCACCACGACCAUCGCGAAGCAGCGGCAGGUCUUCCUGCGGGACGAGGAGCCCCUGCUCAAGCCCUCCCAGGCCUGCUUUGCCCAGGCGCAGUUUGACUUCUCGGCCCAGGACUCCUCACAGCUCAGCUUCCACCGCGGUGACAUCAUCGAGGUCCUGGAGCGCCUUGACCCCCACUGGUGGCGGGGCCGGUUGUGUGGACGCAUCGGCUUCUUCCCGCGGAGCUACGUCCAGCCAGUGCAGCUGUGACCCGGUGGGGCCCGGGG